AUGGUUCUUGUUCACAUUGUUCUGUUCAAGUUUCGCAAGGACGUCGGAAACGAAGUGAAGGAGGAGUUCCUUUCCCAAAUUAAGACACUCAAGUCCUUGCCCUGUGUUAUAAGCCAGAGGCUUGAUGUUGGAGGUCCCUCAAUCACAACCCCAAUUGAAAAGAGCAAGGGAUUUGACUAUGCUCUUGUGAGCUACCACGAGAAUCGAGCAGCAUUGGCUGAGUAUCAAGCUAGCAGUGAACAUGAAAGGAUCACAAGCACAUACUUUAUUCCUUAUAAAGAGGAUUUGGUUCGGUUUGACUUUGAGACCGAUCAAGCCGAUGAAUAA